AUGGUAUAUCUAUUAAGACGUACGUUUAAAAAUCCUAACCAUGACACAGUUGCAAAACUACACAAAACAUACGUAAGGCCAAUCCUGGAGUAUUCUAAUUUAGUGUGGUAUCCAAUUUUAGUUAGGGAUAGUGAUCUGUUAGAAGGCGUUCAGAGGCGCAUGACUCGAUUACCUUAUGGCAUUUUGCGACCAUCGUAUGAACAGAGACUCGUAAUCAUGAAAUGCCCUGCAUUGGGUCAAAGAAGAACAAGAGGAGACGCCAUUGCAACAUUUAUUGCACUCAUAUUAAAUGUUCCUCCGACGAACAGCAUGUUUACUUUGAAUUCUGAUGUGCGUACUAGAGGUCAUCAGUUCAAGCUCCAGAAAGAAGCGUUUCGCACGAGAACCCGCCAGUUCUUCUUCUCGAACCGUAUUUUCGACACAUGGAACUCUCUGCCAUUACAAGUAGUGUGCAGCCCAAGUGUACUUAGUUUCAAGAAAAAUUUUGAUCAUUUUAUGAAUAUGUAA